GCGCAACGACACCUCUUCCGUUAUCUCCAAUGAUCGUGUCUCUGUUGGCGAUAGCAGCGCUGCUGUGCACAGGAGUGUGUGGCGUCAUCACUGCAUUGUAUCGGCGACACGUUGCGAGGCAACAAUGCGACAAACAUCCGCCGUCUUCCGCUCUUUAUCUAGAGCGGACUGCGGAUUCCCUGUCGAAGCAAGAUAGCAGCAACACGUACUGUGAAUCUCCAAAACUGGACUACACCCAGUACGAAAUGAAGGUUGAGGGGACCACGGAAAUUGAGUCAGAUCCUGAUAUAAUACCUUGUCAUUACGAAAAGCGGCCACUUGAGUUCACGAGCAUUUCCACACCAGUACCCGACUCUGGCGUGGGAGAGGUUCACAGGAUGUACACCGGGCAUUGUAUGCCGCCUAGCGUUAUAAGGAAGCAGUACUAG